CAUCCGUAUGGUGCACGUGUUAGUAACGUGUUAUCGAUUCCUCCGAACAAUUCUACCGGUUAAAACGAACGAGUCAUCCUAUCGUUUUCGUCGAUUUAAUGACAAAUCCUUAUGUCUUUUAGUCGAGGUGGUUUUGAAGAAAAUAUCGAAGCAUGAAAUCUUGGAUGUUGGCUGUAAUUGUAGCAUGCAAUGUGCAGCUUGUUCACAAAUCUUCAAGUUCACAGAUUAACUAUCACAAAAUCAUGUUCACAGCCUUAUCCUCUCCCAGUUUACGAAAUCUUGCUGCAUAUAAUGGGAAGAUGCCAUUGAGUACAAAUUGUAUAUUAUCACCUUACUCUGAAAUCACAAAGCGUCUACUUAUUGAUUCAUCUGUCACUUGCCAUUUCCAAAACUAUGCACAUAAAUCUAGUUUUUCUGAAGAAGCAUGGCAGAAAACAAGAGCUAAUCCAUUUUUACGAUAUAUCCGUACGUUAAAAUGGACUCCUAUACCAUUAGGACUUGGAUUUGCUUUAUUAGCUUAUCAGCAAUUCCGACAUGUUAAAAAAAGAGAAGCUGCAAAAUUGGCAUCUACAACAAAUCCAUCAGAGUUGUUAGCUACAGAUUUUUAUGUUAAUAUGUAUACAAUGUUGCCAUUACGAGCUUCAUCUAGAAUGUGGGGGUGGAUUUUUCAAUUGGAACUUCCACAACCUAUUCGCACACCUCUUCUUAAUAUGUUCAUUUCAAAAUACAAUUGCAACCUGAAAGAAGCUAUUGUAGAAGAUAUCAAUCAAUAUAAAAGUCUAGGAGAAUUUUUUGGCAGAAAUUUAAAGAAGGAAGUUAGGCCUAUUUAUCCUGGCAGAUGUCUGGUCAGUCCAUCAGAUGGUAAAAUUUUGCAUUUUGGAAGGAUUGAAAAUGGACUUAUUGAACAAGUAAAAGGGAUCACAUAUUCUUUGAAGUCUUUUUUAGGUCUCAGAUCUUUGAAUCCUGAAGAAGAUGAAUUGAUAACUGAUGAGAAAUAUGAAAAAGGUCUUCUAACAAGCAAAGACAAUGCUUUAUAUCACUGUGUGAUAUAUUUAGCACCUGGGGAUUAUCACAAGUUUCAUUCACCUGCAGAAUGGACUGUAUAUCACCGAAGACAUUUUCAUGGAGAACUGUUAAGUGUCUGUCCUGGAAUUGUUAAUUGGAUUGCUGGCCUUUUCAAUUUGAAUGAAAGAGUUGUAUAUUCUGGAGAAUGGGAGCAUGGCUUCUUUUCAAUGACUGCUGUUGGAGCUACAAAUGUUGGAUCUAUCAAAGUAUAUUUCGAUGAGAGUUUACAUACAAAUAGAAAGAAAUGCAAGAAAGGAAGUUGUGAGGAAUUUCAUUUCAAUCCACCUGUUAAAAUAGUGGAGAAAGGGCAACCAUUUGGCGAAUUCAAUUUAGGUUCCACUAUAGUUCUUAUAUUUGAAGCACCUAAAGAUAUUACCUUUAAUAUAACAGCUGGUCAAAAAGUUAAAUAUGGAGAACUCAUUAGUUUUUGUAAUCCUCAUUGUGCAUCAUAACAGAAGUACUAGAAACUUUUUUUUAAUAAUUUUAGCUACAAAAAGGAAGAAAGGUCCUAGCAUUUUGGAAGGGUGAGCAUUUUGUGGAAGAAACUACUCCAUAAAAGUGAAACUUUUUAAAGUUUAUAUUUGUGAUGAAUUUGUGAUUUUUACUAAGGACUGUCAUUUGUCAUGAUAUGUAAUAAAAAAAGGCAUUUCGAAGAAAGUGUUUCUUCAACAAUGAAACUGAAUUCAUGCCCUUUUCAAAAUGGUAACUCAUCUUCAUUUCAGUCAUACGUCAUGCACAUUUAUUAUGUAUAUUUAUUAACAAUGUGCUUUUUUUGUAUCAAGUAUUUUUGUAUCCAUGUUUUGUAAUGAAUGUGCCAUUGUAAAAUGCCUUAGACCAUCUGUGAUAUGUACAAUUAUGUUAAAUGUGCAGUUUUUUUUUCUUUGCAUGUUCUAGUCCAAAAAUCGACAGGUUAAAAUGAUGAUCCUAUUUUUAUAUUGUACAGAGAAAAAAAAUGCUUCUACAGAAACUUGUGUUUUCAAGAGUAUAUGAAAAAUUUCUUCUGAUUACAAAAUAUUCAGUUACAUUUCUUCAACAUGUGCCUAAGCAAAGUAUGAAUUGCACAGCUAUGACAUUUCUUUUUAUUAUCAUAUCAUCCUCUUUAAAAUCAAUACAUGUUUGAAUAAAGAUUUUUUCUCCAGAAAAAUUAGCAAUUCAACUUUAAUUUUAUUUGUAUGUUACAUAUUGGAAAUAUUUAAGAACCUAGAAAUAUUUAGAACGUGUUUUGUAAAUCUUAAGAAUCCUUCAUUUCUGUAAUUCAGUAUGAUUUUCUCUUAAUAUUUUAGAAGUUAAAGGUGCAAGAAAUGAGUUGUAACUAUAUUUCUAAUGGAAUUCUUUUAACUACAAUAAUUUUUUUCUUUAGAUAAUGAUAAAAAAAUAUUACAAAUUUAUUUCAGUGUGUAUUUAUUCUGUUUUUAAAAUCCCAUUGUAAUAUCACUAUUGACAGACUAAUGAGCUCAAUCCAUUUAUUACAAUAUUUUAUGAUACAACUGCUCAUCUAAGCAUUUUUUUUCCAACUUGCCUUGUAAAGUUAUGAGAUUACAUUGCAUCAAUAAAAUGCUAUUUCAAUGGAUACUUAUUAUUCUACUUUUAUCUAACACAGCUUUUUACUGUAAAAUAAUUCUAUAGAAUAUAAAUCAUUUAAAUCAAAUUUGUUAUGAAUUGUCUUUUAAACUAACUUGCAUUUAAUGUAUAAGCUAUAUUAGCUAUGAAUUUUUUUUUUCCUUCUGAGAUUUCGGUUUAUUUAUGUACAUUUUAAAGUUUGACAAUCGCUUGUUUAAUUAAAUGUAUUUUUAGAAGUCUGCGCCUUAAUAAAAAUAAAUUUUUUUGUUAA